GAAGUGAGAGGGAGGGCAGCAGAGGGAGAGAGAGAGAGAGAGGUUUAAUGAAUUCAGGGUGGAUUGGAGGGAUGUUACCACCGAGGCUCCAGAGCUGCUGUCGUGCUGCUGCAUGAAGUGAUUGUCUGAGCUGAGAGGACGACUCGGCUGCUGCUGGGAAUCAAACACCCGACGGACCACGACUCCACAUCCUGGAGCUCACUGGUUCACUCAGACUGGCUGAACAGGGAUGGUACACGGACUCUGGUCAGCAAAGAAGAAACCUUCCAACCUCCGAGUCAUGAGGAGUCCUUCGCUAUAACUCAGAUAUAUCUACAUAUAUCAAUAUUUGGAAUAUUUGGAUCACCUCAGUAAUAUUCAAGACCUGAACUGGGACCUGGUUUCUUCCUCCACCUCUUCUCACGGGCCCUUGUUUUUUUUCCAACUCGAGGCCGAGAUGUCAUCCCACAGCCUCUUGGCCUCGGUCCCAUCACACAGCUUGACCCAGGGAUAACCAGCACCCCCCCCAGCAGCGCCGCGGCCCGACACAGAGCCCUGCAGGGCCCCUGGCUUCAGGCAGCAUGGGAGACGGGAGCUGGGUGUGUCUGAGCCCAGCAGAGUUCAACCAGCUGCAGCAGUACAGCGAGUACUCCAGCAAGAAGCUGAAGGACGUUCUGGACGAGUUCCACGGUGACGGAGUUCUUUCCAAAUACAACCCAGAGCAUCCCAUCGACUAUGAAGGCUUCCAGCUCUUCAUGGCCACUUACCUGGAGAACGACAUCCCAGAGGAGCUGUGUCAGCACCUCUUCACCUCCUUCAAGAGAAAGACGGGAGGCUGCUCCCCCGAUCCGACUCGAGCCGGCACCAGCUUACUGGAGGCUUGUUCCAUCGAUGCAGGCAUCUCUCUUCACACCGAAGUGGCCUGUGCCCCCAUCACAGGUAUGAACGGGAAAAGCAUCCUGUGUGCGAUGGGCCGCCACACGCCCGAGCACUCCGGCCUGGUGAGCACAACCGGCUCGGGGGCCACCACCUCCCCGUGUUCAUCCCGCUCGUCCUCACAGCGUUCAGGGACCGGGGGCCACACGUCCGGGGGCCACACGCCCGGCGGCCCCCAACGAUCGCCCUGCGGCCAUGUCAAGGCCUCGGAGGGCAGCAGCAAUGUCCUGACCCCCAACGCUGGAGCCGCCAGGUCGCCAGUGUCCCCCAAACUAUCUCCAGAGAGGAGCCACUCUGAGAAGCACUUCUCUCUGCGGAGGAGCCCCUCGCCCCAGAUCAGCUCGGUCGCCCUGCCGUCGCCCCAGGUGGUCUUUCUCAAGGACAUCGUCUGCUACCUGUCCCUGCUGGAGAGGGGGACGCCGGAGGACAAGCUGGAGUUCAUGUUCCGGCUGUACGACACCGACGGGAACGGGGUCCUGGACAGCUCGGAGUUGGAUCGCAUCAUCAAUCAGAUGGUGCAUGUGGCCGAAUAUCUGGAGUGGGAUUCUAUGGAGCUGCGACCGAUUCUGAAGGAGAUGAUGGAAGAAAUCGACUACGACCGAGACGGGACAGUGACGCUGGAGGAGUGGAUCCGAGGAGGCCUCACCACCAUCCCUCUACUGGUCCUGCUGGGCAUGGAUACGAACGUGCAGGAGGACGGGCAGCACGUCUGGCGUCUGAAGCACUUCAACAAGCCGGCGUACUGUAACUACUGCCACACCAUGCUGCUGGGGGUCCGCAAGCAGGGCCUCUGCUGCUCCUUUUGCAAGUACACGGUGCACGAGCGCUGCGUCUCCAAAGACAUCGCCGCCUGCAUCAGCACCUACGCCAAGUCUCGCAGGAACACCAACGCUAUGCAGCACGUGUGGAUGGAGGGAAACUCUCCCACAAAGUGCGACCGCUGUCACAGGAGCAUCAAGUGUUACCAGGGCCUGACGGGCCUGCACUGUGUCUGGUGUCAGAUCACUCUCCACAAUAAGUGUGCGUCUAAUGUGAAGCCCGAGUGUGAUGGAGGAGCCCUGAGGGACCACACCCUGCUGCCCUCCUACAUCUGCCCGGUCGUCCUGGACCGUCACUCUGUGGUGAAGCGUGGCGAGGGGGAGUCUCCGCCCAGCACCAGCCCCGACGACACCAACCAGACGUUCAAAUUCUCCCCCGGCGACGGACAACCGCUGCAGGUCACUCCUCUCCCAGGUACUCACCCGCUCCUCGUCCUCGUCAACCCCAAGAGCGGAGGGCGGCAGGGGGAGCGGGUGCUGAGGAAGUUCAGGUACCUGCUGAACCCCCGGCAGGUUUACAGUCUGGAGCGAGAGGGGCCGAUGGUCGGGCUGAACUUUUUCCACGAUGUCCCUGAUUUCCGGGUGCUGGCCUGUGGAGGGGACGGCACCGUGGGCUGGAUCCUCGACUGCAUAGACAAAGCCAACUUCGCCAGGCACCCCCCGGUGGCCAUCCUCCCUCUGGGCACCGGCAACGACCUGGCUCGCUGCCUACGCUGGGGAGGAGGUUACGAAGGCGGCAGUUUGCUGAAGUUCCUGCGGGACAUCGAACACAGCACGGACAUGGUGCUGGACCGCUGGACCAUCGAUAUCGUCCCCGAUGACAAGGAGGAGAAGGGAGACCCCGUCCCCUACAGCAUCGUCAACAACUACUUCUCCAUCGGCGUGGACGCCUCCAUCGCUCAUCGCUUCCAUCUGAGUCGGGAAAAGCACCCGGAGAAGUUCAACAGCAGAAUGAAGAACAAGCUGUGGUACUUUGAGUUCGGCACCACCGAGACCAUCUCGGCCACCUGCAAGAAGCUGAACGAGGCCAUAGAAGUGGAGUGCGACGGGAUCAUCUUGGACCUCAGCAACACCUCCUUGGAGGGCAUCGCGGUGCUCAACAUUCCCAGCAUGCACGGCGGCUCCAACCUGUGGGGCGAGACGAAGAAGAGGAGGCACUACAACCGCAUGAGCAAGAAGGUUCCAGAGCGGCAGCCGUCCAGCACCGUCACCGACGCCAAGGAGCUGAAGUUCUGCAUGCAAGACUUCAGCGACCAGCUGCUGGAGGUGGUCGGCCUGGAGGGGGCGAUCGAGAUGGGACAGAUCUACACCGGCCUGAAGAGCGCCGGACGCCGACUGGCUCAGUGUGCCAGCGUCACCAUCAGGACGUCCCGGCGGCUGCCCAUGCAGAUUGAUGGCGAGCCCUGGAUGCAGCCCCCCUGCACGAUCAGGAUCACGCACAAGAACCAGGUCCCCAUUCUACUGGGCCCGCCGCAGAAGACGCCGUUCUUCUUCUUCAAGAAACGCCGCGACUAGGACCCCUGCAUGCACACGCCAUGAACACACACAUUUUACAAAACAUAUGCACACACACAAACACACAAACAAACAUCAGACGGCUGGUUGGGAAUUAAAAUUACAGGAAGUGGAACGUUCCCAAAGUCUGGAUGCCAACAGACAACUUGCAGUGACAGCACCUGAAAUGAAAAGACUCCAUACACAGCACCGACCUAUUCCUGUGUAACCAUCAUCCAGACAUGGAUUCAACCCCCCCCCCCCCAGCUUCUGAAACACGACGAGGAUGUUUACAAGGCCGGCGAGUAAACAGAGUGGGAACCCGGCCCUCGGUUCCAAACACCUGUCUGAAUAAUGAAAGAGUGGUUUCUUGUUAGAGCGCUUGCACCAGGGACUGACCGAGGGUGGGGGGGGGGGGGCCCCAUCCAUUAUUGACUCAUUGUGUUUGUGGGUUGACGGUACUGGGGCGUAACAGUGGCCUGGAAGCAUAUAGGGCUGAUUUGAUCCCCUUAGCGUCACUGGCCUACAAAAUAAAACACCCUUUAAAGAACAUCCACAGACUCUGCAGAGGAUCUGGACUCCGGAGGAAGUGCCUGUCCAGUGGUCGCUCCAUAAACUGACCCGGGUGGAGAUUGAAAGUGGAGAUUGGAGCUCAUCCUCAAACUCAUUUUGUCCUGCGAGGUUGUU